AUGGUACUUUUGAAGACGAGGCGAAAAGAAGCGGAUGGUCUCGGCGAACGAAUGGCCAGAAGAGUGGGUUGGACGGCCGGCGGUGCGGCUCUCGCGUUUGUGGCCGCGGCAGGGACCGUUCAAGUAUUUUACAGAGGUUUUGAUUGACAGGUGCUCAUGUAAACAGAUCAUCGGAACACGAGUUCGUAGUUUGAUCUCGCGUUGCGGUCCUUCCUCCCCGACGGGACCGUCCGAUCGGAGAGAUCUCUCCGCACAACAUUCCUUCCUUCCCAAAGGUGAGUACGGUCACGUUAAAGGCGCAUACAUACAUUUUGUCGCAUCGCAGUUUUGACCUACCGCGAAACAAGUCUCAUUGAUCAAAACUGUCACGUUUCUUUUUCUUCUUCUCCUCGUCUAGCCCUGUGUUUUAACGUUCGAACGGAUCGAUUCGGAACGCGUUCCGAAUCGAUCCGCUUUUUCUAAAUAAAAUCGUCUCGGUGGUCCAAAGACUAGCACUUUCGAAUGAAGAUUGUUUUGGAACUUAACCUAACACAUGACUUGGAUUCUUUUUGAAUGUGUGCUUUACGAUCAUUGAAGGCGUUGUCCGUACUCAUUCGGCACAAUCUUCAGACAUUGCCAAACAUUCCCACACAAAUCAACAGAUUGUCAAAGUGCAAGGGAAGAGUUUUCUAGGCCACAGCCACAAUUUAAUUACGCGCUGUUCCAUUUUCAGGCAUUUCUGAGAGUUGGGACUCUGACAGUGCAUGGCAAUAAGAGGCGAUUCAGACAGAAACAAAAACAUUUCAAAAAAUUUGAGACUCCCCCUAACUUGUAAGAAAAAGGGCUUCAGUGAAAACAACUUUGAAAAAUGUUUUUGCUUAGAAAAGGAAAAUGUGCAUUGAACUCAGCAAAAGAGCCCUUUUUAGGCGCCGCCCACUUUUUGAGCACGCCUUUCACAAAAAUCAAUUCUAUGAUAAUUGAUGAUGGAAAAAAAACCUGAAAAUUACAGGGCAAACAAUUAUAAAUCCUACAUUUUCCCAAUUCUCACAUCAUUUUCCGCUAAAUAUAUUUUUGAUUUUCCCACGAUUCUCCAAUUAGAAAUUCGUCUCGAAUGUUUCCAUUUUUCGCCGUAAACAACCGCAGCUGCCCCCGAAUGCAAACGCGCCCCAUUGAGCACGUUUUCAAGCGGAUCUGUUGGGUUGGCAACCGCGUAAUUACGCGGAAAAUCAAUCCGAAUCUGAAUUUUUCCUGAAGAAAUUGGGUUUUUAUAGGUCUUUGAGACGAUUUUGAACGGUUUUAGUAGGCUUUUUAUUAGUAGAGACAAAUUUUUACGUUCUGAAUCAGAAUUUCUGAUUCGUCAAUGAUUUUGCACGAUGUCAGAUGAUUAUUUGGCUGAAAUUCGAGCUUUUGCAAAGUUUCUUCAAAUGAAAAGUACUGUAAAAAAUGUGAAAGUAUGUAAACACCGCCGAAUGCAUCAAAAUUGACGCCACUCGCAAAAACUUGAUGUUCGUCCGGAAAUGCGCCAAUUUUCGCUCAAUUUCUCCAUCAAAAACGCCGUAAAUGUUGUCGUUAUCUCAUCAAUUUCUUCUUGAGAAAAUGCUCGUCGAGCAAUUAAAAUCCGGCCCCGGAAACCGCUUUUCACUUUUUAUCGCUCUCUUCCGGAUUUUCGCAUGAAUUUACGGUCCUUUUUGCAGGAAAUCAAAUGGAACGAGGAGAGGGAGCGAAUCGAGUGAGUUUUCCGAGAAAAUAGAAGACAACUUUUUAUUGGGUUGAAAACUGCCGAAAAUCUGGUCAAACUGAUGGAAAAUUUCUAGAAGUUACGUUACUAACUUACCUGGAUUAGUUGGAGUCCGGUAGAUCAAGCGAUGUGGAAUUUCACAUGAGGAUCUUGAAGGGGUUCGGCUGAGUGAAAGGCUGCCCAUGCGCUCCUUGUCAUUCUGCUCAGCGCUUCCUCCAUUUUCCCGUCUGAGUUUAUCCAUCUUCCUAAGUAACGGCAUUCGGGCGAGGCUUUUGUGAGUGAUCUCCUUGGAGUCAUGCCUGUUGGACACUAAAACGGUUCUGGUCCUACGGCUGAUUCUUUCCAAGAUUUCUAGUCGAUUUCUAUAGACCAGAAACUGGGCGAAAAGAGACCAAAGACAAAAAACAUAUUUUUCUUGCAGAACAACGGCGAAUCCAAUCACGCGGAAGCGGCAAAGAAGAUUCGUGAACGAGAAGAGGUUUGUCUGGAAAAAUCUGCAAAAAAUCUCAUUUCUGCCUAAAUUUCAGUACUUUUGCUCAAUUUUUAGCAUUUCUGCCUAGACUCGAACAUGUUUGUUAAAAUGUAAGAAUUUUAAGCCAACUUUGAACAUUUUUGCCCAAUUUCAAGCAUUUCUGUGUGAAUUUCAUCGCAAUUUUUUGGCAGGAAGAAGAACCGCAAAAUGAGGAGGACGAACUCGAGCGCGCGACUCAGGCGGGCGCCAGAAAUUAUCCGAAAAAAUUGUGGAGCCGGCUGAAUAAUCCGGAUCCCGACAGGCCGACCAUCGACGUCUGGGAAAUCAAAUCGGUGAGCAGAAAAAUUACAGAAAAUUCGGCGUUUUUCUGCAUUUUUACAAUUUCCAGGAAAACGACUACGUCGCGAUGACGUUCAUUGUCGACGGCGAACGAUUUCACAUGUAUUUCUCGGAACGAAGCCGAAAGUGAGACAUUUUUAAACGUUGGUUUCCAAAAAUGUUAAAAAUUUGCAGUGACUACCAAAUGCUGUCGAACACGUGGAUUCCGCGCUCGAAAAUGUACAGUGCGCUCCGCUCGCGCAUCUAUUCGCUUCCCAAAAUAUUGUCCAUCAACAAAUUGGUCAUAUUUGUGAGUUUUUGCACAUUUUUAGGCCAUGGGAUCUUUUUCGCAUUUUUUUUUGACGUACGGCACAAUCUUGAGACGUUGCCAAACAUUCACACACAAAUUAACAGAUUGUCAAAGUGCAAGAGAAGAGUUUUGACACCUGAGAGUUUUCUAGGCCACGGCCACAACAUUUUCAGUGAAAAAUACCCGAUACCAUGGUUUUGUUAACGAUUACAAAUUGUUUUAGAAUACUCCGGAAUGCGAAGCGGAAGACUGCCUCAUCGAACUGUUUUUCAUCAAAAAAUGGAAAUGUAAACAGGUAAUUUUCGAACCGUUUCUAUAAAUGUUCAAAUAUCAAAGAAAUUGUUCAAACUCAAUCGGAGAGUUAGUCGAAUCUUUUCGUUAUUCUAAUUCUAAUUUAAUCUUCAAAAAAUAUACAUAUUUUGUCAGUUGGACUACACGAUCGCGUCGGAAUUCACGCAGCCGCAGCAUCUGCGCAAGCUGGUGCACAUGUUCAAACCGGCCGAAAUUAUUAUAUUUCUCAAUUUCGGACCGUACCAGUGCUCGAGCGGAAAUGCGCCCGAAACGGGAAUGCACAACCAUCUGGCGGCGGUGGCCGACGGGACCGUCGAGAUUGAGAGGGACUUCCGCAUCGACUGUGCUCAGGCGCUCAAUUGUAAGCGACCUUUUUGAAGAAAAGCUGCGCAACAGGCCGGUCCAGGCUUUUCGAGCCCACAGGCUUCUUGGACUUGGAUUGAAGUUUCUUGGGUCCAAGUUUCAGACCGAUCCGAUCAUCUGAACCCGAGAUAUGUUCCAGUAUGUCUCGGGACCGAAUGGUCCGAUCGGUCUGAAACUUGGACCCAAUAUACUUCUAUCCAAGUCCAAAAAGCCUGCAAAGUUUUUGCCCGAUCCGAUCAUCGCAAAUAGGCCAAAAGCCCAGCCCUGAUAAAUUCCGAAAAAAUCGCCAAAAUUGUUCGUUUUCAGCGGCGGAUCCAUCUCGCCAUGACGCGUCGCACUUGUACGGCGAAGCGGGAAGGGGUCGCAUGUUCGGCCAGCAAAUGGUCCGCACUCUCAACGCCCUCAAACAAUUCGUCUCGCUGAUGGUCGAACGCAAAAUGACGAUGGGGCAGGCGGGCAGCUGGGAGAUCAAGAAAUUCAUGGUCAAGUGAGUCUUUUUCUGGCCAGAAACCGUAAAAACGCGAGUAUUUUUCGAAUUUCAGCGGCCCGACAAACGACAAAAUGUGUCCGAAACUGCAGGCGCUCUUCAAAGACGACGGAAUUGAGGAAUCGAACCGGAAACGGCAGGCGUACGCGUCCGGGGAAAAGGUUUGUGGCGGACCGAUUCACAGCCCGAAAAUUGUCGAUCGUUGUAGGUGUACGUGUGCGUGCGCCAACAACUCCAUCGCCACCUGAAAUACUCGCUCUCAAUGCCGGCGACCGCCUUCAAAAUGGCCAUCGGAAACCACGAACUGCUGCAUUUCACGAAAGUCGUGCCCAAUUUCCACUGCCUCUUCCGCACGAAUGUCGACGAGCACGGAGUCCGAACGCUCAUUCAGGUACCCGCGAAAAUCGGUGGAGAAACCUGUAAUUGUUGUUCAGGAAUGGCUGAAAGGAGAGCGGUACAUUGAAGAGAUUCAAAUCCACGUGGACAAAGUGUUCGAGCCGAACUUUGCCGACUCGUUCGUGCCGGAGCACAACGAUCCGAAGCGCAUCAAGAUUCGACGAUGCUUGUGGGUUCAAAAAAAGAGCAUCUUUGCUAAUAACUUGAGAAAAAUCUAAAGAAAAAUUAAGAUAGUAAAAUGGACUAGGAGGAAAUGUUUAUCAGAAUCUGCUGACGGGCCUUACCUGUUUUUAUAUGUAUUUUUAAAGUCAAAUUCUGCCGAAAAGCCGAAAAGUUACCUAUGGUUCAUUGUAUCGCCUUGAUUCGUCUUUCAGAUUUUUCUCAAGUGCACCCUAAAAGAUCUGACCUAGGUACACCCGAAAAUGUAUUUUUCUUUCAGAAAUGAACGCCGCUCGACGCUGUACAUCGAACGGGAACGUCUGACGACUCGUCACCUGUCUCUCCGUGUUCUCGACGCAAAAUAA